UUUUCUCUGGUAGAGAUAGGCAGAAUUUGCUAAAAGACAACAUUUUCAAAUUGAAGCUAUGGACAGAUGACAUCUAGGCUGUAUAUUUGAAAAUAAUAGUUUUGAAGUAGUUGGGGUUUAUGUACUUAAUAUAUCUAUGUGUUUUCCGUCAGCUAAAAUGCUUUCAAAGCACCUGUGAGAUCAAUAAAAAAUAUAAUUAUUGCUUUCAAACAAAUCUCAUCUCCAAAUAACAACAGAAGGGAAAGGAAAACAAGAUAACUCACAUAAAUUCUUAAUACAAGUUCUUAAUAUUUGGGUUUUAUGAUUAAUUGAAAUGCUUCAGACAUUUUAUACUUAUUUUAAUCCUUUUUUGGAAAGUAGGCAUGAUGUGGAAUUGCUUUCAUCAUUAACUUCAAAUGUGAUUAAUCUAAAAUUAAAGAUAAGGUUACAUUAACAUACAAUUUACUUUGUGUCUUAAAAUAAGAUGUCAGAUCCAGUCCUCUUGCAUCUGAAGAAAUGCUCAUAUUUGACCAUUUAUAACUCCAAUAUUUUGCUCCUUUUCUAUAACAGGCCUUCAUAAAAGCUGCUACUGUUUUCUGAACAUAUUGAGGAAUAAAUGCUUCCUACUGCUGCAUGCUUAUUAGAUUAAACUGUACCACAGAACAUAUUUCCCAUGCAAAAACAGUUUGAUGAUUGAAAUUUGUACAUAUUGUAAUUUGGGGCUGAUGCAAAUUAACCAGGCUAGAAAAUAUUCUUUUGCUUGUGAAAACAUAUACCCAGCCUGCCUGUACUCCUGUGUUAAAAAAUGCCUAUUUGAAAGCAUAAAUGUUAUUUUAAUCGUAGAAUCAUAUUUUUAAAAUAGUAGUCAAUCUUGAACACAUUUUAACAGGGAAUUGUAAAUUAUGGGCAAAUUGAAUGGAUCCUGAAAGUGCUGUGUCAGCUAUGAACAUUAAAGGAUGUUAACUGCCGGAGUCGAAAACCUUUGGAUAGAAUACUUACUGCCUUUCUAUUGCUUCAGAUUGGUUACUCCAAAUUGUAAUUUAAUAGCUAAAAAUAAAACUUAUACAAAAGUAUUUUUAUUAUUUGGAAGGAGCCAUUUAAGCCUUCAAGUUCAGCUCUCUGCUCAGUGCAGGAAUCCAAAUUAAAGCAUCCUAUGUGGCUUCAACAUGUCCGAUAAAGGGGAACUUAUCAUUUCUGAGGAGUUGCUCUUCCUGUUAGAUUUUUCUAACAUUCUGUCGAAAUCUAGUAACUUAAAUCCAUUAUUUCAUGCCUGGCCCUUCGGAAUGAAACAGCAAUGUCGUUUUGAGGCGUGCAAGGUCAGGAAAAGCACAGGUUUCAGAAAUGCUUUAUUUUAAGAUCCUGGCUAAACAGAAUGAUAAUCAUUCUAUUUGGUUGACAGGCCAAAUCAGCAAAGAGAAAAAAAACAAAAAUAUUGUAGGUCCAGGGUGGCACAAUCUUUCCAUUAUAACAAAAUAUUUUUUUUUCAUAAUUCAUUAUCAACAAACUAUAAUUUUUCAUAAUCUACAUUGAUAGUUUGUAAAUUUUUAGCAUAUAGUUGAGUAUCUUUUAAAAUUAUCACUUUUCCAGAAACAUUACCAGCCAUGAAUAUUAAGUUAGAAUGUAAUUUCAGUAAGACAAACCUAUGCAAUAUUUGUCAAUGAUUCCUCUAUCAAUUUAAUCUUGCAGCAAAAGGGAAAAGGCAAGUCUUUAUUAAAUUAUUCUAAAGUGCCUGAAAAAAUAGACAGUUUUUAAGGCUAAAUUAAGCUUCUGAUAAGCAAAGCCAAUGCAGAAGCCAGAUUCACUUAACAACUGUUUUCUAACAUAAUAAUUGCAGUGACUCACUUAACAACUGUGGCAAGAAAUGUCAUAAAGUGAAGCAAAGUUUAUCUUAGCAAUGAAGAUUUUGAACUCAAUUGUGAUUGAAAGUCAAGGUCUAGCCGUACACCUCUCUAAUAUGGGAGCCACUGGCCAGGAAGUCUGGAGAUGUGGACACCAAGGAUAUGCAAAAGCGGCGCAAGAGCAUUAACCUACCUAAGGUUGAGGAAUGUGUUGAAAUCAAGAGUUCCAUUUCUAUGGACUAUGAGAGCAUUUGUGAGCAACAACCCAUUGGCAAGAUAUAUUUCAAAGACUACGUGGCGACUCAGCCUGAAUACCAGUUGGCCCAAGAAUUCUUGGAUGAAAUUGCUGUUUGGGAGAUAUCAGAAGAAAGCAUCAAGAAUAGUCUCCUAGAGGGCAUGGUCAACAUGUAUCUGAAGAAUGUUAGCAAUACUUACUUGAAAUAUCUUAGUACAGAUCUAUCCAACAAGUGCCAGUCAGCUUCCGCAAAUGAUUUUGAGAACAUCAUGCAGUUGGCCAGGGAAGAGACAAAAACCUUUCUUAAGGGAAAACCCUUCGAAGGCUUCCGGACCAGUCAAUUCUAUGAGAAAUUCUUGCAAUGGAAAAGCUAUGAGAAGCAACCUAUAAAUGAUAAAUUCUUUGAAGAGUUCCGAAUAUUAGGCAAGGGAGGCUUUGGAGAGGUUUGUGCUGUCCAGGUGAAAUGUACAGGGAAGAUGUAUGCCUGUAAGAAGCUGGAUAAGAAAAGAUUGAAGAAAAAAAAGGGUGAAAGUAUGGCUCUUCUUGAAAAGGAGAUACUUGAAAAAGUCAACAGUCGUUUCAUUGUCAGGCUGGCCUACGCUUUUCAAAGUAAAACUGCUUUAUGUCUCGUCAUAAGCCUCAUGAAUGGUGGGGACCUUAAAUAUCACAUUUACAAUGUGGGUGAAAGAGGCUUGGAAAGGGACAGAGUCAUGUUCUACUCAGCUCAGAUUAUCUGUGGGAUACUGCACCUCCACUCCAUCAAAAUUGUCUACAGAGACAUGAAGCCAGAAAAUGUCCUCCUGGAUGAUAAUGGUCAUUGCCGAUUGUCUGAUCUUGGUUUGGCAGUAGAAGUCAAGAAUGGCAAAAAAAUCACCAACAGGGCUGGAACUAAUGGAUACAUGGCUCCUGAAAUCUUAAAGGAAGAAAGUUAUAGUUAUCCUGUAGAUUGGUUUGCUAUGGGAUGCAGUAUUUAUGAAAUGAUUGCUGGUCGAACACCAUUCAAGGAUUACAAAGAAAAGAUUGAAAAAGAUGAAGUUAAAAAAAGAACCUUAAAUGAUGAAGUGCAGUUCCAGCAUGCUAAUUUUGAUGAACCAACAAAAGAAAUCUGCAAACUCUUCUUGGAAAAGAAUCCUGAAAAUCGUUUAGGAAGCAGGAGUAAUGAUGAUGAUCCCAGGAAACAUCAAUACUUCAAGUCAAUAAAUUUUCAUAGGCUGGAGGCAGGUCUUAUUGAUCCUCCCUUUGUGCCAGAUCCAUCAGUCGUUUAUGCCAAAGAUGUUGCAGACAUUGCUGAUUUUUCUGAAGCUCGGGGAAUUGAAUUUGAUGACAAAGACAUUGAAUUCUUUAAGAAAUUUUCUACUGGUGCUGUCCCAAUACCCUGGCAAGAAGAAGUUAUUGAAACAGGACUCUUUGAAGACCUGAAUAAUCCCAGCAGGUUACCCGAAGGUGACUCCAAAUCUGGAAUUUGUUUACUCCUAUAAAUCUUAAAUUAAUAACAGAAACGGUGGGAAUGCAUAAUUGAAUCUUCCAAGAUUUCAAAGGCUCAGAGAAGUUUAAUAAACUGAUAUCCUAAAGGCAA